GCGAGUACCAACUCAGAAACCACAACGGCGACGAAGAAACGAUAACAACGGCAACAAUCUCACAAUGGUACAUCAGGAUAAUCCGUCCAACUCUAUCCUCCUCCUGCACCCGCCCGCCCUCGACCCUACACACUUUGUCUCGCGGCUCAUCUCCAAAGACCUUUCUGUCGUUUCAGAUACAGAACCUGUAUCGUGGAUCAUCGAUAACAAGUAUUACUCUGCCGAAGUCUUCUUCCAACUCAUCCCAAUUCCACAAAAUCUAGACGGCGACGACGUGCUAAACAAAUACCAUGAUGUGGGAGUUGUAGUUUACCUGUUUGAGGGCCCGAUUCCCAAAGUGCUCCCUCCGAGGCUAGUGAAAUUCAUGUCUGAGCCUCGAGACGUUGCUAUCGCAGUCCGUGCUUUAUCAAGUGGAUUACCGGAAGAGAUUCAGGAUGGGGAAGGGGAAGAGAUGACAAGUGUGACAGAAUUGUUCGAUGAGAUUGGGAUGGAGUUUAUUGACGAAGUCAAUCCUUUCACUGACGAAGAUGACGAGAGACCGAUGAUGCCCUUGGACAUUAUUCGUCAAACUCUCCAGACACAUCUAUGGCCAGGAAUGUCUCGCAAACCUCUUCACACUUCUUCGCAAAUGCCUGCCUCAGCCCCAUCUUCUACUACGUCUUCAAGGGCGCCCUCACCUGAACAUGCUCAGUUCGACGUAACCUUCAAUCCGCCCGUCCAGGACAGGAAGGGGGAUGGCGAACAGGGCGAGGGAAAUAGUGAAAAGAAAAGAAUGGGACAGUUUCCCGACCUUCAGGAACUUGUCGCACAAAUGUACGGCGCUGAUUUUGCCGCUGUUGACAGCUUCGACAAGUUUGACCAGUUCAGUACUGGCCUUGAGUCGCUGUCGUUGGCCGAGAGGGGAACAUACGUAUCACUCGAUGAUAUGGAACUCUCUCAGGAUAACGAUGAUCACCAGAACCUGGAAGAAUGGUUGGACGAGGAUGAGGAGAGAAUGGAGUCAAAGAGUAUAGAGAUUGAAGAAAAGAAUGGUCGAACGAGUAGAGAAGCUGAGGAUCAGCUACACCAGGACAGUGACCAAUUCGACCCAGUCUUCGAACCCAAUCUCAGUAAUCACGAACCUCAACCCCCAGGCUUUCAAGAUGAUUUUACCGAUUUUCAAAGUGCACCUCCUCCACCGUCAUCUACCGGUUCUGCCACACUAGCGCUCGAUCCCACACCUCUACUUUUACAUUUACAGUCUGUCCGAGCCGAGUUAGCGGGUGUGGAAGACGAGGACGAAAGGCGCGUAAGAGCUGGAAGAGAGGUUGCACAUAUGCUCAAGACAUUGGGAUUAGAAGUGGGGGUUGAUGAUGACGAUUUGGGACUAGACGAUAUUGGGUUGGAUAGUAUCUGAGAUUGUAUGAUUACCUGUGAAUAGAAUUACAUGCGAUGUGCAUACUAUUGAA